AUGAGGUGGCUUGACAGCAUCAAGGCCGCCAUCCCAGGCCUGCUGGCCUCUCCAGGCGCUCAAGAUGGUGCUUCAUCUCAGACAGUGCUGGAAGAUGCUCCCAGCAGUAUUCGACAGGUGGCUAUUAUAGGCGCCGGCGCAGCUGGCUCAUCUGCGGCUUUCCACCUAUCCAGGUAUGCUGCCGCAGAGGGUGUCGACGUGAAUAUCACUCUAUUCGAAAAGACAGGCCACAUUGGCGGCCGCUCACUCACCGUCGAUGCCUAUGGCAACGCCUCCGAGCCCGUCGAACUCGGCGCCUCCAUUUUUGUUGAGGCAAACCAGAUCCUCUGGAACGCGUCGCAGCUGUUUGGACUCGAGCUCAGAGAUCCUUACACCAGCGCAGACCGCCUCACCGCCAUCUGGGAUGGCGACGAAUUUGUCUUCGAGACGUCCGCCGCCUCCUCGUGGUGGUGGGAUAUGGCUAAGCUUGUCUGGAAGUAUCGCCUCGCGCCGUACUACGCCCAGAAGCUGAUGCAGAACACCGUCGCUACUUUUCUCAAGCUCUACGAAGAGCCCUACUUCCCCUUCAGGUCUCUUAGCACACGCGCAUUCGAGCUCGACCUGGCCAAGGUGACGGGUGUCACGGGCCAGCAGUUCCUGGAGGACAACGGCAUCUCGUCCGCAUUUGCAAAAGACAUCGUUCAGGCUGCAACAAGAGUCAACUAUGCUUCGAACCUAGAUGCCAUUCACGGCCUUGACACGAUGGUCUCGAUGGCUCCUGAGGGCGCAAAGGCCGUGCUGGGCGGGAACUGGCGGAUUUUUGACCACAUGGUCGCCGCGAGUGGUGCGCAGAUUGCUCUCAACACAUCAGUGUCUUCUAUCGCUCUGGGCACGAAGACCGGUGCUGCCCAUCCGAAAUACCUCAUCAACACCAAAUCUGUCGGCAACACGGCCGAGGUCCCAGCGGGCGUAGCCUUUGACAAUGUUAUCAUCGCCGCCCCUUAUCAGUUCACCAACAUCGAUGCUCCUUCCGAGGUCUUGCAGACCACUAUCGACAAGGUUCCCUACGUGAAGCUGCACGUCACGCUUUUUGCCUCGCCGUUCGCCAUCAGUCCGGCAUUCCUGGGCUUGCAACCCGGUGCCAAAGUGCCAACCACCGUGCUGACCACCUAUGCCCCAACCGCAGAUGGCUCGUCCGGGCUAGAAGGUGCUGGCAAGACAGGUUUCUUCUCCGUGAGCACCCUGCGCACCAUCACCAACCCGAAGAGCGGCAAGGAGGAGGUGUUGUACAAGAUCUUUUCGCCCAUGGAGGUCACACCCGAGUUCCUCUCCUCCCUCCUCGGUGUCGAUGUUCCCAGGACUUUUGCCGGCACCAUACCAGCCCAAGAAGGGGAUGAAGAGACGAUUGUUGAGCCGGUCUCGUGGUACUAUCCUCACGUGUUUUAUUCCUAUCCCAAGGCCCUUCCCCGAGUGACAUUCCAGGACCCCAUCCUAGGCAAUGGUGUUUACUACACCUCAGGCAUGGACAGCUUCAUCUCCACCAUGGAGACGAAUGCGCUGAUGGGCAAGAAUGUCGCGCGCUUGAUUGUCGAUGAUAUACUCGGCCUUAGCACGGGAAACCCCCUGGAUACCGGAGAGGUGGAGGAGAGCAUGAUGAACGAUGAGGAAGUUGUCAAGGACGAAGAACCUGCCGGCUCACAGGCCAAGAUCGAUGAGCUUUAA